GUGGCCGGCGGCAGGAGGGGAGCAAGAGGAGGCGCCGCCGCCGCGGCGGAGAGCGCGGCCGUUGUGGCAGAUCCCUGCAGUUCACUCAGCCCACCGUGCUUUACUGAGGAGGACCGAUUCAGUUUAGAAGCUCUCCGCAUGAUACAUAAGCAGAUGGAUGAUGACAAAGAUGGUGGUAUUGAAGUAGAUGAAAGUGAUGAGUUUCUAAGGGAAGAUAUGCAAUAUAAGGAUGCCUCUAAUAAACAUAGUCAUCUACACAGAGAAGACAAACAUAUCACCAUUGAGGAUCUGUGGAAACGCUGGAAAACCUCUGAAGUUCAUAACUGGACUCAAGAGGAGACUCUUCAGUGGCUGUCAGAAUUUGUUGAAUUGCCCCAAUAUGAAAAGAAUUUUAGAGACAGUAACGUGAAAGGAACAACACUUCCCAGGAUAGCAGUAAAUGAGCAUGCUUUCAUGAUCUCUCACCUGAAAAUAAUUGACCGGAGCCAUAGACAAAAACUUCAACUGAAAGCCUUGGAUGUUGUUCUGUUUGGACCGCUCACACGUCCCCCUCACAACUGGAUGAAGGAUUUUGUAUUAACAGUUUCUAUAGUUAUUGGUUUUGGAGGCUGCUGGUUUGCAUAUACUCAGAACAGAACCUCAAGAGAACAUAUCACAAAAAUGAUGAAGGACUUGGAAAGUCUCCAAACAGCAGAACAAAGUCUUCUUGACUUGCAGGAAAGGCUUGAAAAGGCACAAGAAGAAAAUAGAAAUGUUGCUGUGGAAAAGCAAAAUCUGGAGCGCAAAAUGAUGGAUGAAAUCAAUGAUGCAAAACGGGAAGCUCAUCGACUACGGGAGUUGAGGGAAGGAGCUGAAUGUGAGCUAAGCAGGCUCAAAUAUGCAGAGGAGGAGCUAGUACAGGUUCGAAUGGCUUUAAAAAAAGCUGAGAAGGAGUUUGAGCUGAGAAGUAAUUGGUCUGUUCCUGAAGCUUUGCAGAAAUGGCUUCAGUUAACACAUGAAGUUGAAGUACAGUAUUACAAUAUCAAAAGACAACAUGCAGAAAUGCAAUUAGCAAUUGCCAAAGAUGAGGCAGAAAAGAUAAAAAAGAAGAGAAGCACUGUAUUUGGAACACUGCACGUUGCACACAGCUCCUCUCUGGAUGAAGUGGACCAUAAAAUACUUGAAGCAAAGAAGGCGCUGUCUGAGUUGACGACAUGUUUACGAGAGCGUCUUUAUCGAUGGCAACAGAUUGAAAAGAUUUGUGGUUUUCAAAUAGCGCACAAUUCUGGACUACCAAGCUUGACAUCCUCUCUCUACUCUGAACACAGCUGGGUAGUGAUGCCUCGAGUUUCCAUUCCCCCUUACCCAAUUGCAGGGGGAGUUGAUGACUUAGAUGAAGAUACUCCUCCAAUAGUUUCACAGUUUCAUGGGUCCAUUGUAAAACCUCCUAGCACACUGGCAAGAAGCAGUAGCUUGUGUCGUUCAAGACGCAAUGUUGUGCCAUCAUCUCCACAGUCUCAACAGGCUUUGCACUCCCCUGACCCUGACAUCCUUUCUGUGUCAAGCUGCCCUGCUCUUUAUCGAACUGAAGAGGAGGAAGAAGCCAUUUACUUCUCUGCUGACAAACAAUGGGAAGUACAGGAAACAGGUUCAGAAUGUGACUCCUUCAGUUCAUCUACUGGAAGGAAGCAGUCUCCUCCAUCAAGUCUUGAGAUGUACCAGACACUCUCUCCUCAGAAGGCAUCCCGGGAAGAACUCUCACUGGAGGAAUCGUCUACGGGAGACUCCACUUCUCUAACUGCAGAUAUUUCCAGGGGCUCUCCUGACUGCGUAGGCAUGGCAGAAACUAAGAGCAUGAUCUUUAGUCCUGCAAGCAAAGUGUAUAAUGGAAUACUCGAGAAGUCCUGCAGCAUGAACCAGCUUUCAAGUGGGAUCCCAUUCCCAAAGCCUCGCCACACCUCAUGUUCCUCAGCGAGCAGUGACAGUAAACCCAACCAUGAAGCCUCUUCUGUCCCUAGGAUAAGUAGUAUACCACAGGACCUAUAUCAAAAUGGUGAAAAAAACAAAAAGCCAUCGAAAAUAAAAAGCCUCUUUAAGAAGAAGUGUAAGUGAGGUGGGCAAAAUAAACCUACAGUAAUGUUACAAAAACUAUCUUUUUAAAAUGUUUGGAAUGUAAUUCCAUUUAGGCAUUCCAGACUGGAUGCCCUAAUGGAAUGCUUUGUAGGUCAACUGUAUUGACUCUACUGUCAAAGAUCAUGCCAGCUGUCAAGGAGAAAUCAUUAAAAAGUUCAGACAGUUUACAGUCAUUUCUGCCUAUUUAUUUCUGGGUUUUUAGUUUAUUCAUAAACCUUUUUUUAAGCCACUUUGGACUUCUAAGCUUUAAUGGACUAGUAAGCCUUCCUGGGCUUGCCAAAGUUUCUUGUUUACCAGAGCAUCUUCUUAUCUUUCCAUAGAGCUAGGACAUUUACCUACUGGACUUCAAGAAAAUAAAAAGUAGAACUAAUUGAAUUGCACUACUGUUUUCCAGACUGGAAAGUCUCUCUGCAAGUGAAACUGAAAGACUUACAAGUGACUGAGAAGAUGGAUCUUUUCACUUUUAGAUCUUUUGGCAUUUUUAAGUAGAACCUGUAAUUUCUAAUUGACUUGAUUUCUGGAAAUGGAAAUGCCACGCUUUUAUUAUGGGAAGCUUUAGAAGCAUUUAUUAUUAGAAUGGGUCAAGUCCUGCUGUAAAGAUCAUUUUUUCCCAGGACUUUCACUGUGAUUUUACUUCACUGCAGGCUGUAUGAUAAAAUAUAUAGAUAAUUUAACAAGAGAAGAGGCUCUUGAUUCCUUAUGCAAGUGAUGGAUAUGAAACUUGACUGAGGACUGAAAAUAUUCACUCUCUUAAAUGAAGGGGGGGGUAGUAGCUUUUGUUUACAGACUGACAGACAAUGGACAAUUGGUUUGUAAAAGUUUGUACUGUGGUAAAGAUAAUAAAUUGGAAACAUUAUUGUGCUUGGGAAUGUUCCAAUUUUAGCUAAUGCUUGUUUCAGACAUGUUUCAGAGAUCCUGUUUGUUGAAAGCUGUUGUAGGCUACAUUGCUUAUGCUUACUGCUGUGUGUAAGUUAUUGUUAUAUUUUUUGGAUUAGCUAUUAAUGUCUUAAUGUCCUCCUUUUGUAAGAUUUCAUACACUUUAUUUUUGUAUAGUUUGAAAAUUUAGCUGUCAGACAUGUCUGAAGUAAAUGGUAUAAUUUUAUAAUGCA